UCUCGGAAAUCGAGGUGCGGAAUAUUUCCAUUUCUACACUUCAGGUGUAAUGGGAUCAGUAUUCGUCGUUCUUGGUAUUGUAGGUAACAUUUUGUCUGUGUGCGUUUUGUGCAGCAAGCAGAUGAGACGCGGUUCUGCGUCUGUGUGUCGACUCCUUGUGGGUCUGGGCGUCUAUGAUACCGUCUUCCUCUUCUCGCAUGGUGUGGCAGGGAACCUACCCCACGUCCUCCAUCACAUGGGGAUACAACUUGGCUCAGCUGGGGCAGUCAUGUUCUCCAUCUUCUACCCGCUGCUGCACAUAUCCCGCACCGGGUCAGUAUACACAACAGUGAUGGUCACAGUAGAGAGAUGUGUGGCAGUUGUCAAACCUCUCAAGGCAGCAGUCGUCUUCACUCAGAAACGGACCAACCAAAUUCUGGUGGCAAUCUUAAUGUUCAGCUUCAUCUUCAAUAUUCCGCGCUGUAUGGAGCAUAGGCUAGACAUAGAGUCUAGUGCAAUCAUUCUCUCAAAGUCAGUUUUCUACAGUACGACCUUCUACAGUACAAUAUAUUUAGUAUAUUUUAAUUUCAUCUUCAACUUCGUCGUGCCAUUUACACUCAUAGCAUUUUUUAACAUCACCAUGCUCAAUACCAUAAGGAAGUCUCCAAAUUUUUUCCCAAACCGGAUCAAAACAGAAGCUCACAUCUUGGUGCGGACAAACCAGUCUCAGAAGAGCGAUGCAGUCGGAACCGGAAACAGACUUUUUGCAAUUGUUUCAGCGGUUACAAUCGUUUUCUUUCUGUGUCAUCUUGUUCCAGCUGUGGCCCUGGUGAUGGAGCAGAUGGAGCACGCCCAGAGACUGGGAGAAUGUUCGUCAACUUGCUCCAAGAUCUCGUCAGUGGGAGAAAUGUUUAUCAUUGCCUGUUCAGCCGUCAACUUUCUAUUGUACUGCUUCUUUGGACGAAAAUUCAGAUAUACGUUUAUGAUGUUUUGUAAAUCUGUUGGAAAACACCGAUCUACAAGUGUAAAAGGUUCGUUCAUAAGUUCCCUGAAGAGAACAGCUGAUUCCAAGGUAUGAAAUGUAAUGCAUAAAACAAUUUUCUCGCUACAUACAGUUGGAGUGAAUCAACAUGAAAAGGAUUCAGACACAUCAAAUACAAAGGAAAUGAGAGAUAAUGUACACUUCGUAAGUUAUAAACAUACAUAUUGAUAUAUGUAUGUGUAAUGUUGACAACACAAACAAUAAUUCGUGUGCGACAGAAAUCAAACCAAUAGCUAAUGCAGGUGAAUGAAGCGUGAUAUGAGUGUGCAGACUUCGAUUACUCCCAAACUGAGUGAAGAGUGCGUUCUCCUACAGAAGAAUGCAAGGCACACACUCAAACAAAUUCAUCAAAGAUAACAUGAUGACGCAUCGCAGAGGUUUACGGGCUCCUAUACAGUUGUGUGAAGUGAAACGAUACAACAGAAGAGUGUAGAGUGAAAUUCUUCUACAGAGGUGUGUAAAGCAAAAUACCCACACAGAGGUGUGUAGAGUGAUACACUCAA